GUCCAAGACUAAGCCUCGAUCCACGAUUCGCUCCGAGGCGAGACCGAUUUCUCUCUCUGCCUCUGGCUCUAUCUCCCCAUUUCCGCUCCCCCUUCUUCCGUCAUCAUCCAUCAGAUGACUUCUGAAAGAGAUUGCAAAGUUCCAUUCCUUGCUUUGAAUGAGGAAAACAAACUAAGCCUCUUCCCCUUGAUGUUCUUACACACUGACACAAAAGCUCAAUCACCUGAUAGUUCCUCUGUGUGGAUGAAUAUUCCACACAUAUGUACCGAUAUUGAUUGUGCGCGGGAAAAAUGGGUUCAUGUUGGAUGUGAGGUAGCUGCAAAUCGUAUGCGUCUUCAUGUUAAUGGAACUCUAGUCAGAGAAAAAGCUCUAAGUGUUUUGUCGAAGGAUCAAAAUUAUCAGGAUAAUGUAAAAAAGAUAGCUUUGGUUGGUAACAAUGGAGACGUUGAGAAGCUUCAUGCUUAUGUUUAUGAUCUUCGACUUUUACCUAUAUCAACAUCAACAAAGGAUCAUUUCAUAAAGAAUCCACCAGUGAAAUUGACCCUUGACGACUCAUGUAUCGCUGAUGGAAUUGAAGAGGGAAGUGAUGGCGUCUGGAGCAUCGUUGGCGGAAAGGCAUCAUGUCGCAGAAAUUUCUCUCUGGAUGUUGUUCUAUUAGAUGCUCUUGGUCGAUCGGUGCACAAGGAGAUGGAGAUCUUUGCUUCACUUGUUUAUGCUGACAAUCGAGCUCCUGUUGAGAAAACUAGAGACGAUAAAGAGGAUCCAUUGUUGACAAGUUGUGAUGGACUCGAAUUCCCUACAGUAGAUAAGCCGGUCAUCCUUCUCCGUGGCCGUGCAAUUUUUAAGCUUAAAAUAUCUCAGCUCUCUUCUAAGUCUGACAAUAGGCUUUUCCUUGUUCGUUUCAAUGCAACUGGUAGUCAAAAAUAUCCAUUUCUUGAAGCAUAUUCACGCCCAAUUCGUUGCAUAUCAAGGAAUCGGAGUUUCCGUCCUUCUGUAGUUGGGAGAAGGCCAUUUUCUGGAUCAACCCUUCCUGACGGAACUCAUUCACCAGGAGGAAAUGAUAGGCCCCAUGUAAGUCAUAAUAACAAUGAAGGUGGUCCCUUCAGCAUAUCAAGCCAGAGUGAAUCAAAGUGUAGUCCGAUGCCAAAGCGUUUUAAAAUAGGUCAUGACAAUUCGUCAGCAUUUCUUGAUGUUAGCGAGCACUCCAAACUGGACGAUAGUGCAUCAAAUAGAAGUGUAGAAAUAAAAGCAAAUAGCCUUGAAGGAAGAGAUACUGCUUUAUCGGAUUCAGAUAGCACUUAUGCAAGGAAGUCAGAAGCCAGACAGACAGUGCACACAGGAACUCCAAUUUUAGAUGCAAUCAUUUUCAGAUAUUGUUUAGAAGGCAUACAUGAGCGUACACUGCUGCUCAGAGAGAUCACACAUUCUGUCAGCAAUGAAGAUAUAGUGAAUUUUGCGGAGGAGGUUUGCCUGUACGCUGGAUGUUCGCAUCACCGGUACCAAAUACUAAUGUCGAAGCAGUUGAUCCAAGAGUGCACCGAUACUUGGAAUUCAAUUUCUGGCAACAGCCAUUCUGUUCUUUGGACGAAUGCAAUUCCUGAGAUAAAUAAAAGGUUCAUGAGGAUUUCCCGUUCUGCUACUCGAAGUUUGUCAGGAAAGGAUUUGGAGGUAUUGCGUGGAAUUGCUGGAUGUGGUGAGGACUUGAGCCGUGAAAACUUUGAGAAGAUGUGGUACUGGUUAUAUCCAGUAGCCUUUUCUUUGUCAAAGAGUCAAAUACACACCUUGUGGGAAUGUACAAUGCCUUUAUGGAUAAAUGGAUUGAUUACCAAGGAAGAGGCUGAAUAUGCAUUGAAAGGCCCUAGAGGGCUGCAAAAACCAGGAACAUUUGUAAUCAGGUUUCCCACAUCUCGGAGCUGGCCUCAUCCAGAUGCUGGUAGCCUUGUCAUUACCUAUGUUGGGGCUGAUUCUACCCUUCAUCAUAAGCUCCUUUCUCUUGAUCUUAGUAAUGAAGACAACAGGCAAGGAAAUCCAAAGCAACUGCAAGCGCUGCUUUUGGAAGAGCCUGAACUCUCACAACUGGCAAGGGUUAAUUGACCAGCCGUGCUGCUUCCAGGAGCCAACAGCUAAAUGUAGAAAUAGCUUGUGACUUGGUGGUGAGAGUUGCUGCUUGGAAAGUCUUACCACUAUGUAUGUAAGAUCUCAUAGUAUGUCUUUUAAGUUUUUUAAGUGAGAGCAUCAUUCUCCCUUCAGUUUUCCACAAACACAAAAUUAAUCAAUAUGCAAGCUUUAUCGUUUUUAUAUCCUCUCUGCGGCAAUGCUCAACUGAUCAAAGUCCGCUCAUUCUCGUAAUAUUUGUUUUGACAUUGAUUGAUUUUUUUUUUUUGGCCCAUAACAAUGAUAUGGAACAUUGUAAACCUUAAAUGACUACUUAGAGCAUGGUUGAGAACCUUGGAUUAUAAUCCGUUUGGAUUACAAUCCAGUUAAUAA